CGUCAUAUCCGGCUAUUUUGUAACAGGAAGUAGUGUGAAGGUUGACCAUUGUGGAUGCUAAAAUGGGUGUUAAAAUAGAGAUGUUUCGGAUGGUGCUGUAUUUAUCAUUUCCCGUUACCAUGUUUUGGAUAUCAAACCAGGCUGAAUACUUUGAAGAAUAUAUAGUCAAGAGAAAGAGAGAAAUUUUUCCUCCCGACGAGAAAAUGCACAGAAAAGAGUUGGAGGAAUUUAAAGAAAGAAUGCGGAACCGUAAGGAGAAACGCUUAUUGAAAGAAAUGGCUUUGGAGUCACAAAACUAAGGACAAACAACAACCUGGAAAGAGUAUUAUUUCAUUCAGAGAAAACUGUUUUCCAUUUGGAUUUGGAUACCAUUUGGCCUGGACCCCAAGCUUUUCCGAUCAACAGACGCUUUAAUAAAAUGUAUUUUGAAUUGCAAAUAAUGUUCUUGAUAUUUUGACCGUGUUGCACUUUCGAGAAAUGCUGACAUCAUUGUCCUUCAUAAUAUCUAUUUCCAUCAGAUUCGGCAAUAUUUAUUUAUUCAAGUAUGCUUUAUUGUUCUUUAAUGAUUGUUUUUGAUGCUGUCUUGAUAAAGUUAAAUGUAAUACGAUUUUUCCAUGAACGUUUUAUUUUUACAUCUUUAAGAAAUGAAAAUUAAAGGAUUCUUUUGUAAAUGUGUGUAUGUGUUUUGGACACCACAUGUUUGAUUAGAAAGAUACUUUCUACCACUGAAGUUGGUUUUCGAUUGAUCAUUUUCGCUCACGAAAGAUGAAGUAUGUUAAAUCUCUUUAUUUUUUGUUUUGGAUCUUGUCAUAUGGAUUCUAUUCUAUUGAAAUUACCUGAGAAGUCACAAAUUAAGUCUUAUGACUUAACACAACGUUAUUUGGGACAAAAAGUCUUCUGUCUCAUGCAUGUUUCGGGUGUCUUA